CGUCAGUUGAAGCCUGGGCUGAAUCCUUCAAAUUUCUCGCGAUGGAAUACAAAUACGAGACGACGAGACGCUCGCCUUGAGCUUAGGUAGCCAGAGUCAACCCAUUGUCACAGUCCCAAACGACAGCCAGUCAGUCCCAAACGGCGCAGCCAGUCAUUCUUAAACGACGCAGCCAGUCAGUCCCAAACGACGCAGACAGUCAGUCAGUCCCACACGACGCGGCUUAUUUCAAGGGGUCUGAUCAAUUCCAGCUCCGACAAUGAAGACUCGCCAAGCCAUUUCCGUCUUCUGCCUCGCGGCCGCCCAGGUAUCGGGCGUGCUCGCGGUGCCCGAGGUGACAGUCGUGCCUCUCGGCAGCAAGACGUGCGUCAGCUGGCCCAGCUGGAUCUCGCAGCGCGGCGCCGACGUCACGGGCAGUUUCGCGUUCCAGGUCGACCAGGCUGACGACGCCGGGGUCAACGGGCUGCUGACGAGCAGCGUCGAGUUCAACUGGACGGACAUCAGCGGCACGCACAUCACAGUCGACCUGCGCAAGUCGACGAGCUUCGCCAAGCCCUACUACCGCUGCAUCGACGGCAGCGUGCACUACCUGAGCCGCGACACCAUCAUCAGCGUGGCCAAGGACCGCCGCAACGCCUUCCUGACCUUCAGCGCCGGCUACAAGCUCGAGCCGUACGCGCACGAAGUCGCCGGCGUGCGCCAGGAUGGCGUCUUCCUCGGCGCCCUCAACCAGACCACCUGGGGCUUCCACUACGUCUACUCCUCUAAGUGCGGCCAGAUCGACUACUACGAGGUCAAGCUGCAGGGCCUGCCCGACGACCCCGACACGGAGCCGCGUGCUGGCUACGAUCCCCAGUUCCUGGGCUUUAUGAAGGCUGUGUCGUCGUGA